AUGGAUUUCUUCUGCCGGAAACGUGCGCGGUCAGACUCUCCCCCCAGGGCCGCGGCGCCGGUGAAGAGACACGGCUCCUGCCCGGUGGCCCAGAGACCCCAGCCGGCCAGGCCGGAGAGCCGCCCAGAGCUCUGCCCCUUCCUGGCCGGUCUCUUCCGCCCCAGGAGCGCCAAGGAGGGCCUUUCUGUGGCCCGCAGGGGCAGCUCCCGGGAGCCAGCCUCGAUGGCGGAGGAGAAGGUCCCGCUUCUGGGGGACAACCCCAAAGGCGAGUGCUCUCCCGUUCUCCAGGUGACGGGGGCUGACCUGCCAGGCAUCGCUGUCCCUGCCCCCCUCCGCUGCCAGCCCUCUCCUCCCACCGCCGAGCUGGCGGCCCCCGAGAGCAUGGGCCCAGAGGAGCCGGUGGAGGAGCCCCCUAGCUCUGCAGGGCCAACAGGUCCCUCUGGCCUGCUGGAAAUGGGGACAAAGCUGCCCAUCCCGGUCCCUGGGAGGAAGGUCCUGCAUGGCUCCCUGGAAGAUCUCUCCAAAGCCACAGCUACACAGAUGCCAAGUCCGGAGCGCAGACUGUUCCGCCGAGCACUGGGGAAAGGAGCAAAGGACACGGACAAGUGGAAGAGGGAAUCUAAAUACGUGCAAACCCAGCCUCUCUACCAAGACUACUGGCUGAAGCGCCUCAAGGCAGCGGAGCGCAAGCCCAAGGAGCCGGCCUUCCGGGUGGACGCCAGCCUGUCAAUCGCUGGCCUCCUCUCCUCCUCCCUGCUCGGCGCUGCCUCACAGCUCUCGUCCCGCGACUACAGCUUCUGCUUCUGGCAGGAGAUCCCAGAGGUGAAGAGCAAGCGGCUCCUGGAGGGUCUCACGCCCCAGCAGCGCCGCCUGCAGGAGGCCAUGUUUGAGAUGAUCACGUCGGAGGCCUCCUACCUGCGCAGCCUCUCGGUGGCCACGAGCCACUUUAAGGGAUCGCUGGCGCUGCGGGAGACGCUGACCAGGGCCGAGGUGCACCGGCUCUUCUCCAACCUGCAGCAGGUGAAGGACGUCAGUGAAAGGUUUCUCCUGGAGCUUGAGGAGCACAUGGACAAGGACGUCUUUCUGGUGGGGCUGGGGGCCGUGGUUCUGAAGCACUGCCCCGCCUUCCACAGGGUCUACAUCCCCUACGUCACCAACCAGAUGUACCAGGAACAGCUCAUGCAGCAGCUGAUGCGAGAGAACUGGCGCUUCCGGCACGUCCUGAGGAAGCUGGAGGAGCAGCCAGUGUGCCAGCGGCAGCCCCUGAAAUCCUUCCUGGUGCUGCCCUUCCAGAGGAUCACCCGCCUGAAGAUCCUGCUGGAGAACAUCCUGAAGCUGGUCCCGGCGGGCUCCGAGCUGGCCAGCUCCAUUGGCGCGGCCCUGACGGCAGUGGGAGAGAUCGUGUCGGCCUGCAACGAGAACGUGCGACACAUGAAGCAGACGGAGGAGCUGGUGCUGCUGGAGAAGCAAGUCGAGUUCGUAAAGACGAAGUCCAUCCCGCUCAUCAGCCGGGGCCGCUGGCUGGUCAGGGCGGGGGAGUUCUCCCAGGUCCUCAUCCAGGAGGUGGGCGUGGGGUACAGACCCCGCCUGAGCACCAAGCCCAUCCACCUGCACCUCCUCAGCGACCUGCUGCUUUUGUCCCGCCGGAGGGACGACGGCAGGUUUUCCGUCAAGGAUUACGCCCAGACCUGCCACGUCAGAGCGGAGCUCCUCAGAGCCAAGCCGCUGGGGCUUCCCGACACGGCCUUCCUCCUGUGCCUCUCCCACAACCACCGCGGGGUCAGCGCCGAAUUCAUCAUCAAAGCAGCCAGCGAGGCCCAGAGGCAGGAGUGGAUCUCGCUGAUAACCAGCCAGGCGUCCCCUCGGCCUGUGGGUGUGAUCAAAGCCCUGAGAGAUGCCUGCGCUGGUCUCUGA